GCAACAGUGACGCUACCCUCUGAGUUACCAUGGCAACGGUGACGCUACCUUCUGAGUUACCAUGACAACGAUGACGCUAUCUGCUUCACAUUUGAUUCUAGAUGAUCAGUGAUACUUUUCUCCAGGUUCGUUAAAACUAAAUCUUUUGUAAUCGUGCAGUUUACUACCGUAAUUACUAUACAAGCGUAGAGACAAGCUUAUUCUUGUAGGUACAACAACAUAAUUUACAGAUUACGCUAUAGUUAAAUUGUAAAUAGAAUAACAGUGCUCCUCUAGACGGAAUAACCAUAUAGGAACUCCUAAUUAUAACUACAUUGAAAAUGCACAUAGAAUUGUGCUGAAGUACUACACCGAGAUAAUUAAAGUUGUUUAAGUUAGUCAAGGCUUGAUAUCUGCUGGUUUUAAGCCAUGAGUGACCCAGAACAGCAAUCCCAGGGGGACUAUGAUGACCAAGAUGAUGGUGACGAGGUGCCUAACGUCUUAGAAGAGGCUUCAACCCAGAACCAACACACAGAUGGAGAGUCGGAGGUGGCGGAGGAACUCUCUCCAACACACACUCCAGCAGGUGCUGGAGCACCAUCGUGGGAGGCGGUGAUCAAGACCUUGGGACCAGACCAUCCGCUGCUACGACGUUUCCAGGACGCCAAGCGUAAGCAACUCCUCGAGGAGAAGAGCCAACUACAGCUGCGACUCAGACAACUGCGUCAACAAACUGAGGACCUGAAAACGGACAACGUGUCACUAGGAGCUCAACUCUUCGACAUCCAGCAAGCUGUUACUCGAGCUCAGGUGGAUCUGGACAAGGCCAAGGCGGAGAGAAAGAAGAAAAGGCAGGCAGUGCAGGCAGCCCAGGAAACACUUGCUCAUGCUCGGGAGGAGGAACGAUCCCUAUUAGUUGCUCUCAAUCAUGCUCGACACCACGAGGUUGAGGUAGGGCGUGAAUUGGCACAGUUGGGAGCUCGGGUGGCAGCAGUGAGGGCUGCCAGGGCACAGAGUGAAGGCGAUGUUACUACCCUUACCCGUGCCAUACACAACACUGCCUGGGACAGAGCCAACCUCGAAAAGGACAAGAUGACGCAGGACAUGUUAGUAGAGCGGUUAAGGACUGCCCUGGAGAGAGAGAGAGCUACGCUGACCGCUCUUCACACAUCCAUCCAGGAGGAGAGAGAGCUCACACAGGCGUCCCAAGCAAGAGCUAGGAUACAACAUGAUGAACUGAUGCAGCUGGAGUGUGAGAGUGUUGGGGUGAAACGAGCAUGGGAGACUAAUGUAGUGACGUUACAGCGACGCUCACAGGAACAUACCUACGCCCACCAGCAUCUGCAGGAGCUCCUGGCUCAGCAGGCAGGACUCCGAGCACAGGUAUAUAACACCCUGAAGGCAGUGAAGGAGGAACAGCUACAACACGAGCAAUACUCUGUCAGGUUGCUGUCCUUGGAACUCGACGUGAGCAAACAAAGGGAACGUCUUGCGUCAGCUCGGGAAGAGACUCAGCAGCUGGUGGAGCGUCAGGAAGAGCUCUCUGCUGUAGUUGAGCAGCUGGAGGCCCGCUUGAAAGGAAAGCAGAAGGAGAUGGCGGAGGAGGUGCGAGUACUAUCGCGACUCUAUGGACGGGUGCAGACGGCCACGGAACGGUACCGAAGAUUGGAAGACCUGGCCCUGGAUAAAGUCAGCGAGCACACCACAGCAUCCAGAGCCGCACACAACCUGCGGAAGCGCGUUGUAGACACCAGAGCCAAGUGCCGCAAGCUAGAGGAUGAGCUGGUUGAAUGGGAACAGAGCGCUACUAAGGCAGCACUCCUGGCCUCAGAUGCUCGAGCUGCUGUUAGCUCCCACACUGCUACCAAGGUCUCCAUUAAUACACUCGUUGACCAGCUCAACGCAGAUAUCGCCAGGUAUGAGGGAGAUCUGAGGAAGGGGCAAGAGAAGAUCAGCACCAACCAGUGCUGCAUCGACAGGCUUAACAAGGAGCUGGCCAAGGUGCUGGACCUCGCUGGGGGUAGCGAGGCACCUCCUGCAGAACGCGAGGAGCGACGCCUGCGACUCCUACUGGCAGAGCGUGAGAAGGAGAGAAAAACACUGGAGGAGGAGGCUCUUACCGUGCAGCACCAUCUGCUGGAGACCAGGGACGCCAGGGAGGCCCUCACCAACAAUACUACCAGACUACAGCAAGAACUAAAUGUGUUGCGGGGACGGCAGACACGACUGGAGGGUGAGGUGGAGCACCAGCGUGGCGCCUUCAGGGAGGCACAGCUGCGGCAGGAGCGGCUGCAUAGAGCAGUAACCACAUUAGACACCAGACUCCACUUCGAGAACCAGGCGAGAGAAGAGGCCUCCCGUGAGGCCCACGCCGCUGAAACUAGACUUCUUGCUAACCUACAGGAGCUGGAAGAGGAGGUGGCGAAAAAAGAAGGUGAAGUGGAACGACUGAGAGAGAAGAGGGAGGAAGUGGAGGGGCAAGUACUGGAGGCGACGCAGGAGAGGGCUCAGCUGGAGAAACAUCUGGUGGAGCUGCGUGAUGCUAGGGACUCCCUCAGGAAGGAAACUGGAGUCGAGGGAGAUCUCCAUGCUAUGAAGACCGAGAUCACCCGCAUGCAGGCUCGGUGGCGCACACUGGAGGCGACGCAGAAAGAGCUAUCAGGGCAGUUGGAGCAGAGUGUGAACGUGGAGGGAGCUCUCAAGACCCGCACUCUGGCCACCGUGGAGAAGUUACGACGUGAUCCCAACUCUGCCAAAGCUACUAGACUCAUGCAUGAAGACAUCCUCAAGAGGAAAAUCGCGAAGGCCAGAAAGAAGCUGCAGGAGGUGCAAGUGGGGACAGAAGCAGCUAGGGAAGAGCAGGCGCGCCUAGAGGAGGAAGGUCAGCACAAGGAGAGAAUCUACGGGCACAAGGUCCGCCUCCUGCAGCACGCCGCCACCCACCUGGAGGAGAGACUAGUCAAGAAGCAAGAGGAACAGCUGCGUCUUCAGGAAUGGCGUGCUCGACUACGACACCUGACGGCACUGCGAGAUGGACGGUACAAGACACUGGCAGCUGCCGGGGAGGAGGCGCAGCAGGCACUCAGGUCGAGGCUGGUGAUGCGAGCACAAGCAUAUACAGGCGUGGUGACGCAGCUUGAGGCCAGCUACCCUCAGAUGGAAGUUAAGCUGAGGAACAUUAAGGGUCUCCUGCAGAAUUUCCUCGAGUGAAAGCUUUUCUGAGGCUGAAGAAUAUUACCUGGAUCAUCCGAGUUGAAAUAGGACGAAUCUCUAUUGUUAUUACAGUAUAUUCAUAUGGAAGCGCCAAAAUCGCAGAGGUCAUACACUAAUAAUAUUAAAUUAAGCGUUAAACCCGAAGGCGUCGAACAGCUCCUAGAGGAAAUGGGUAGCAAUGAGAUUUGAGCCACAAGAGGAAGGUAACUUAAAUUCCUUGGAUUAAGAGCCUCUCAACAACAUCUGGGCACUUCCCUUCAAGGAAUUAUUUAUUUAAAAAUUAUAUAAUUUCCUUAGAAAUGGGUUAAUUCUGAAAUAGGUUCAUUCUCAAUUAACGUAUUGUAAAUGCUUUCUCAGCGACCAGUGAAUCACUGUCUACCACUUAAUUACCAGUGACUAUAAUGUAUUGUGAAACAUGUCGUACAGUAUAUAAAUUCAAAAUUAAUCACAGCUUUAUAUUUCUUAAUCAAAGUAGGCGCUGUAUGCCGAAGCCCAUUUAAAUUUAAAGCAGUAAUAUAGACGAAAAAUUGUUACACAUUUAAAUUAUGAAUAGACAACAUGUUAUGUGUAAAAUAAUUAUCCAUAAACCUUUUGAAUUAGUAUUAAUUUAUUUAAUAAUGUUUAAAAGAUCAAAAGUAAAUUCAAUUCAAUUCAAUUCAAGUUUAUUCUCUAUAAGGGUUACAAUGUGGGGUUUACAGGUUUUGGGUAUUGUGUGGUUUACAUGUUAUAAAAUGCUAAUUACAGAGGGGGCCACUAGGACACCUAGCAUGGCUUGGCAAUUCGAGCAGACUUAGAAAAUGAGCUUGUAAUUUAUAAAGUUGCAACUUACCUAAGAAUAGUAAAUAUUAAGACCGCGUAACCUUUUUCACUACCUAUCAAUCAUAUUUUCAUCGCUAAAAUAAUGAUUAAAGUAAACUGUAUACACAGAGACACCUUUCGAUACGUAUAGUUUAUAAAGGGCUCUCAGUCAUCUAAUGUGAAUUACCCCGCGCGACUCUUUAGAGUUAAGUGGUGUUGGCAGUCAGACAUCUGUGGAUAUAAUGUCUUACUGGUAGGAGCACAGUGAUAGACAGCCCACUGACACCCAUGAACCUAUUUAUUGAUAGGUGAACAUGGGUAACAGGUGUCAAGAAGACUUGUCCAUAUAUCUCAAGGAAAAUAAAUAUUGAAUUAAUUUGGUUAUCCUAGGUUAAAUCUGCAUAUUAUAAUACACAUGUGAAUGCUAAUAUCACAUGAAGUAAAAAUAUUCAUCUCUGAACACAAAUUACUUAUCUUUCUGUAAUAAAUUUGUGUCUGGCGAACGCAUAAAUAUUUACUCUGGUUCAUGAGACGAUAUCUUAUCAGUUUCACAUAAGUAGACCAUUAAGUUUUGUUGGAAAUAAUUGUUACAUUAUUACUAGUAAAUUUUGUAUACUAUAAUAAUAUUGUGUUUACCUGGAGAGAGUUCCGGGGGUCAACGCCCCCGCGGCCCUGUCUAUGACCAGGCAUUUGUGAUGCAGGCAUUUGUACAAAAAAGAAAUGUGCAACUAAUAUAGUAAGUAAAUAGUUAUAGGAAGUUUGUUAUAAGGUAUGCGACCUAAUAAUGAUGUACAAUUAAAUUAUAUUUUUGUUACUCCCACAUUAUGUACAGUUCUCGUCAAAGCUUAAUACAAAAACAUUAAUUUUUUAAAAUAAGGAAAAAUGCACCACAAGAUGAUGAUGAUGCCUGUAGCAGAUGUCAUAUAGUUUAUAUA